AUGAAUGGAUUUCAUCCUUUUUUAAUUCUCUCUCCUUCUAUCUCCAAUUACAAACUGAGACAUUGA